UGACUUUCAUCAGUUGUCAACUGAAUUUUGAUUACUGCCGUUUCCGCGUGACGGCGACGUCGUCUGCAUGUGAAGCCAAAGGAUGAGCGUGCUCAAGAAGAGACGAAGAUCGCAAGCACGCACCUCGCGCAUUCUGCCCGCGCCUCCGCGAGCACUGCGUGGACAAGGCAGGCCCUCGGUCGCUCAAGCCUUGCGCUCCCGACAGCGCUUACGCCUUCUCUCGCCCCAGCCUCGAAGAGCUGCGUGCACCCUGCCUGGUCCGACAGUCGAUCAUCCCCGCCGCCAUGCACCAACGCGAGCGCUUCAGGGGCAGACGGCUCGACUACUACCACAACCUGUUGUACCGAACCGUGAUCGCGCACCAGGACCCCGUGACCGGGCUGGUACCCGGCCACAAGUUCUUCGCCCGCCACGCCUGGGUGCGCGACAACGUCUACUGCGUGCUUUCCAUGUGGGCCCUGUCCAUGGCGUACAAGAAGCGCGCCGAACUCGACGACGACCGGGCCACGGCCUACGAGCUGGAGCACCGCUCGAUCAAGCUCAUGCGAGGUCUGCUCGUCGCCAUGAUGAACCAGAAGGACAAGGUCGAGCGCUUCAAGGAGACGCAGAGCGCGAGCGACUGCCUGCACGCCAAGUACGACGCGGCCACGGGUGGCACUUGCGUCGGCGACCAGGACUGGGGCCACCUGCAGAUCGACGCCACGUCGCUCUUUCUGCUCGUUCUCGCCCAGCUCACCGCCGCGGGGCAGCAGAUCAUCUACAACCUGGACGAAGUGGCUUUCGUCCAGAAUUUGGUCUUCUACAUCGAGAACGCGUACUGCGUACCGGACUACGGCGUCUGGGAACGUGGCGACAAGACCAACCAGGGAAUCCGGGAACUGAACGCCAGUUCGGUGGGCGCAGCCAAGGCGGCGCUGGAGGCCAUGAGCGAGCUGGACCUGUUCGGCUGCCGGGGCGGGCCGGCCUCUGUGAUCCACGUCCUCUCGGACGAGACGCAGAAGUGCGACGCCGUGCUCCGUUCCAUGCUUCCGCGAGAGUCCAACUCCAAGGAGGUGGACGCGGCUCUUCUCAUGGUGGUGGGCUUCCCAGCGUUCGCCGUGGACGACCCUGAUCUCAUACACAGGACCAGAGCGACCGUCGCGGAGAAGUUGCAGGGACAGUAUGGCUGCAAGCGUUUCCUCCGGGACGGCUACAAGACCCCGCGCGAGGACUGUCGGAGGCUGUACUACGAGCCGUGGGAGCUCCAGAUGUUCGACAACAUCGAGUGCGAGUGGCCGCUCUUCUUCUGUUACUUCAUCAUCGAUGCCUGCUUCCGCGAGGACAGAAACACCGUCGACGAGUACUCUGACCUUCUCGACCGAGUGCUGAUCAAGACCGACGAUGGCCUCAGGCUAGUUCCCGAGAUGUACGCAGUUCCUGAAGAUGCGGUCACCCGGGAGUACAACAAUCCCCACACUCAGGCCAGGAUACCUGUCGGAGAGAUUCCUUUCAUGUGGGCCCAGUCGCUUUAUGUUGUGGCAAAGCUGUUGGAAGAAGGCUUUCUGGCACCCGGAGAGCUCGACCCGCUCAACCGUCGCUUCAAGUCGUUGCGGAGGCCCGAGCUGGUCGUCCAGUUGGUUUUGUUGGCCGAGAACGACGACGUGAAGGAGAAAAUUGCUAGCAUCUAUCCGAACAUCCAGACGGUGGACGAAGCCUACCCCUUCGAGAUACACCCGGCUCGUGUUCUUGGCGAACUGUACUCGUACCUCGGACAGAACCGCAAGAUGAACUUCUCCGGGCGCCUGUCCAAGGACGUCGGACUGGUGGCCACCAGCAAGAUAUACCAGCUGCAGGACCGCACGUGCGUCUUCAUGCCGCAGAACCUGGACAUUAAAGAAUUCCAUCUGGUCAACGACGUGGACCUGUUCGCCAGCACGCUUCGAUCAGACGUCGCUAUGCUGCGCGCCGACUGGAACGUGCCCGGACGACCCACCAUGGUGGUGACCCUCGGUUCGCGGCAGCUCAUCGAAGGCAAGGUUCCCGUCAGCCUGCGCCAGACGAUAAAGAAGCUUGUGGGCGGCUACGUGCAUGGCACGCGCGUCUGCCUGAGCCCCAUCGGCGAGUUCGUCAGCACGUCAUGCGUGGCUAGCUUGGAUUUCCUCGCCAGUUACGAGGACGGCGAGCCGGACACUGUGCCCAUGCCGAUCCGCGACUACCUGGACAGGGAGACGACGCGCCCCGCGCUCCAGGGCAGCUCCAGCAAGUCGUCGCUCUUGGGGCAGGCAACGUCGACGCUACCGCACGGCGGCGCCUCUGCCGGCACUCCUAGCGGUGGUCGACGCAAGUCGCCCGCCUCGGGUCUCAUCCGACGGUCGCGAUCGCUGACGGGCCAGGAGACGCCCAGCGGCGAACUCAUGUUCGCGAUGGCUCAGAGCGAGCUGCCCUCUCAGCCGAAUUCGCUGAUGAUUUCACGCCGGUCUUCGUUCGACGACGCCCCUGUGCCGUUCCAUGCCGUCUCCGAGCUCCAACUCGAACAGGUCGCCGACAGCGAGCUGCUGACCACCCUCCAGUCGACGGACUCGAUGGAGGAGCAGGGCGACAUCCUCCACUACCUGUCCAUGCACAAGGGCUUCCACUGGGACACCGGUCUGGGGCACCCCAACUCGGUGGUCACCGUGUGGCAGCUCUUCCAGGACUUCUACGAGCGCGCUUGCCUGGAGCAUCGCUGGGGCCUGGUGCGUCACUUCGCGGGCGCCCUCGGCAAGCGAGUCGAGGACCUCGCCAAGUCCGUGACCGACCUGCUCGUGCGACAGAAGCAGGUGACGGUGGGCAUGCCGCCUCACCACGAGAAGGUCAUCACGCGGCCGCUAUCCAACAAGGAGCUGCGCGCCAUCAUCAACGAAGCGCACAGGGGAGACCAGAGCAUGGCUAUGCUCACGCAGGAGCUGCUCGCCUACCUGGCCAUGUUCAUCCAGACGGACCCGCACCUGUUCCACGAGAUGGUGCGCCUGCGCGUGGGCCUCAUCAUCCAGCUGAUGGCGUCCGAACUGGCGCGCGCCGCGGGGAACAAGGACGCGGACACCGCCGAACUGCUGCUCAACCUGAGCCCCUACGAGACGCAGACACUGCUGCUGGCCAUCCUGAGUGGCCGCGAGCUCGCGGGCUGUCGGACCCUCUCGGCGCCAGACUCGGCCGCCGCGAGCUUCAAGCACUCCGCCAGCUUCAAGCAGUCCGCCGUGCAGACGUUCGUGCACGGACCCGAGAUCCUCGAGGGCGAUUUGGAAACACCGGCCAAUCACCCGCAUGGCCACUGGCUGCGCAGGAGGCGGCUGGACGGCGCGCUCAACCGCGUGCCAGUGGGUUUCUACUCGCGCGUAUGGGCCAUCCUCGAGCGCUGUCCCGGCGUCUGGAUCCGGGGCCAGUGCUUGCCGUGGGCUCUCAUCAGGGAGAUGACUCCGGGCGAGUUCAAGUUCGCGCUUCGGGUCGAGGAGGCGCUGAACAGGAUUCCGGAGCCCGAGUACCGUCAGCUCCUGGUCGAGACGCUCAUGGUGUUAAGCCUCGCCGUCGAGUACGAGACCGUGGAGAAGUUCCGCGAGCCCCUGGACAUCGAGGGGAUCGUGCAGAGAGCCCACGGGCUGUUUCUCGAGGACCAGCGACAGUGCAAGGGGGACUCGACGCUCUGCUGCUGCGUGUCCCCGCCCGUGGUUCCCUGUCGGGCCACCGUGGGGAUCUGCGAGCGCUUCUACGAUUCUGCACCAAGCGGUUGCUACGGCACCAUGACGUACUUGGUGCGAGCCGUGGCGUACAUGUUGCACGACCUGACCACCCUGACGGACUGCACCGUGUGCUAGCCGCGCCUCCUGUUGCUGGUGCACUACCCACCUUCUUUUUUUUUGCGAAUUACGAUGGAGGUUUAUUUUGAGAAGACCCUUAUAAAGGGCUUCACUAUACCUCUUGUUCGACAGAACCGGCAACGACGCACCUCCAUGGUUUGCUUUUGACCCGUCCACCACCACGAUGACCCAGGAGGUACACGAAUGCGCCAGUGUAGAGAAGCGAUAGCCGGCACUUCGAUUUGUGUAAUCUGGUUACUACGGAUUUCUCGCGCGAAUGCAGUGUUAUUGCGCCACGGGGUUUUACUUGCAUUGCGCACGCUAAUUGAUUAGGUAAAAAAACUUAUCGCGACGCGCCUUACGUGUGCGCCAACUCGUCAGUGUAUUGCGCUCAACUACACAUGACCAUCGCUACAAGUCACCAAUUGUAAUGGCGACCCGCAAAAACGUGCGUCGUGCGCAUAGGCACAGAACUGACCCAUCAUUCCUGGUGGACAUUGGGAGCUAUGGGUCGGCUAGCUAGAGCCAUUCAUUCUGCGGGUCGCGAAAUUAGUUUCGUCGUUAGCUCCGUAUCGAUCCAAGAGCCUAAAACUAAUUAACGGAGACUGUAUAGUCGGAUUAACGCCAUGUGAACAUACCGGUGAUGACGGCCGACUUGUAUUUUCCGCGUUCACGAAAGGCGGCGCCAGAUUUGCAUGCAUGUAAAUGGGGACACUUGCAUUAUACGCUCGCGAGAUUACACGCGCAAAUGCCGAUCAGGCUUUAAGCGUUACUUCGUUGCAGACGAGUCAUUCAACAGCUGCAAAUGCGAAAGUUAUACGCAUGCUUGCGAUUAAACUUUACAUACUCGGUGUAAGAGUUAACUAACGAAUUCAGUUCAAUGUGAUGUACUGAAAUCAUUGUGUAUACCACAAAUUAAAAGCGCUGUAUGAUCUGAA